UUCAAUUCCUAGAACGAGAGAUUGGGAAGGAGUCUAGACCCCAAAACCGGCCUUACAGAAUCGAGCUCUGCCAGCUGUAAAACCGGCCUUACAGAAUCGAGCUCUGCCAGCUGUAAUCUUUCAAAUCAACAAAAGCAGCUUCAGAUCCGUGCUCCUCAUUCCUCGUUCCUCACGGAGAUAACAAUGGAAAUGGAGGAGAAGAAGAAGGUCAACCCUUGGGAAGAUCUCCCGACAGUCGGUAAUCUUUCAAAUCAACAAAAGCAGCUUCAGAUCCGUGCUCCUCGUUCCUCACGUCCCAGAAAUCGGCGGCCGCCGGUGUUCAUAGAAGCCAACGCGUCAGAUUUCCGGGAUGUCGUUCACCAACUCACCGGGUCACACAUCUCUGUGAAUCUGCAAGAACGUGAAUUAGGCAUUAUUGGCUUUAACGAGUCUCAGAGCAUAAAUGUAAAUGAUGAUCUCUUUGCGCCGCCUCCGCCUAUAACCACAUCUGCUACUGCUACUGCUACCUUCCCUGCAUCAUCUAAAGAUUAUGAUGUUGUAAUCAGACACGGAAGAAACAAUUAUGAUUUUAUCACCCAUCUUCGUGCUGCCCUCUCCCUGAGAGGGAUUUCUGUCCAUGAAGACUUUGAAGAAGAAACGGAUGCAGUUCCAGGAUGUAGGGUUUUGAUCAUUUUCUUUACGCCCACAUACCUCCCUUCCAACCUCUUAAACAUUCUUCAACACCAACGUAAAGAGUCUCUGGUGGUUUAUCCUGUUUUUUAUGGAAUCUCGCCAUCUGAUUUGAUCACUAACAGCAAGUACUAUGAGAGUUUUGUUCCCCAAGAAGACGAGCCGGAACGGUGGCAGGCUGCUGUGAGGCAAAUAGCUCACACGCCAGCUGGCUACAUAUUGAUAGAUAAGUACGAGUCCGAACUUAUUGAUGAGAUUGUCAAAGAUGCAUUGAAGGUGAUAUUGUCCACUGAUAAUAAGAAAAUGAUUGGGAUGGAUAUGAAGAUAAAGGAGAUUUUAUCACUAUUAUGCAUUGAAUCGCCAGAUGUUCGCAGCGUAGGUAUAUGGGGUGCCGUUGGUAUAGGGAAAACAGCCCUUGCUGAAAAGAUAUUCCGCAUAAUAUCUGUCCAGUUUGAGACUUGUGUCUUCCUCAAGGACCUUCAUAAAGAAGCACAAGUAAAAGGUCAGGAUUCCGUGACAGAGGACUUUUUGUCUAAAGUUCUAGAGGUUGAACCACAUGUUAUUCGGAUUUCCGGCAUGGAGAAAAGUUUCUUGAGGAGUAGGGUUCAACGUAAAAAGGUCCUUGUAGUGCUCGACGAUGUGAAUGAUUUUAGAGAUGUUGAAAUCUUUCUGGAGGAGCUUAGCUAUCUUGGUCCUGGAAGCAGAAUAAUCGUAACCUCGAGGGACAAACGUGUUUUCGUGUUAUGUAAAACUGAUCAUGUCUACGAGGUCAAGCCAUUAGAUUUUUCCAAGUCUCUACAACUUCGUGGGACAUAUUUACCUGAGCUUGUCAAAUUCUCAAACGGGAAUCCACAGGUUCUUCAGUUCUUAAGCAGAUCGAAAAAAGAGUGGAAACGGUUGUCACAAGAAAUUCAGAGUUCCUCUCCCAUUUACAUUCAAGGUAUAUUCGAAAGAAGCUGUUGUGGGCUUGAUGACAUCGAAAGAAGUAUAUUCUUGGACAUUGCAUGUUUCUUCGAAAGAAUGAAUAAAAGCGAUGUUGCAAUGUUGCUUGAUGGACGUGAUUUCUCAACGCAUGUUGGACUUAGAAGCCUCGUCGACAAAUCACUGUUAACCAUCUACCACAAUAUGGUGCACAUGCUCGGUUUUCUCCAGGCAACGGGUCGAGAAAUUGUCCGCCAGGAAUCAGCUGACAGGCCAGGAGACCGCAGCAGGUUGUGGAAUGCCCAAGAUAUUAGGGACGUGUUCAUACAUAACACUGGCACAUCAGCUAUUGAGGGAAUUUUCUUGGACAUGUCGCAGCUGAAAUUCGAUGCAAGCCCCAUUGUGUUUAUGAAAAUGUAUAACCUUAGACUUUUAAAGCUUUAUUUCUCCAAAGUGAAAGAAAACAAUGGAGUGUGUUUACCUCAAGGUCUUGAAUACUUGCCGAGGAAGCUAAGGCUUCUGCACUGGGAAUAUUAUCCUCUAAGCUCAUUACCGCAAAGUUUUGAUCCAAAGAACCUCGUAGAGCUCAACUUGCCAUAUAGUUGCGCGAAGAAGCUUUGGAAAGGGAAAAAAAGUCUGGAAAAGCUUAAAAGGUUGAGACUAAGCCACUCCUACCAUUUAACAAAAAUCCCAAGACUUUCAAGUGCGCCGAAUCUUGAACUUCUUGAUUUGGAAGGUUGCAAAAGUUUGGUGAGUAUCAGCCAGUCUAUAUGUUAUCUUAAAAAGCUUGUUUUUCUGAAUCUGAAGGAUUGCUCGAAUCUGGAGAGUGUACCACCAACGGUUGAUUUAGAGUCUCUUGAGGUUUUGAAUCUUUCUGGCUGCUCCAAGCUAGAUAAUUUCCCGGAGAUCUCACCAAAUGUGAAAGAACUGUACUUGGGUGGGACUAUGAUACAAGAAAUACCUUCAUCUAUCAAGAACCUUGUAUUGCUUGAGAAGCUGGAUCUAGAAAACAGCAGACACCUCAAGAAUCUUCCAAUCAGCAUCUGCAAGUUGAAGCAUCUUGAAACACUGAAUCUGUCAGACUGCUCAAGCCUUGAGCUGUUUCCAGACUUGAAUAGAAAGAUGAAAUGCUUAAAGUCUCUGGAUUUAAGCAGGACGGCCAUUAAAGAGCUACCAUCCUCCAUUUCAUAUCUGACUACUCUUGAAGAACUGAGAUUUGUGGGAUGCAAGAGCCUCGUAAGAUUGCCUGAUAUUGCGUGGAGCCUAAGAUUCAAGGUUGAAUUUCGCCAGAUUGACACAGACAAGUUUUCAAAACUGUGGAAUAGAUUUGCGUGGCUCAAGAAAGUUCAAAUCUCUUAGUUUCUACUUCUACCGUGUGGAAAGGACACAACAUGGAUUGUUUUUACUGUCUCCAAUGUAAAUAUGAUUCUUACACGCAAAUAAAGAUAGUUUGGGAAGUCAUAGAUAGAGAUGUGUUUUACAAAUCUUAUGUUGGUUUUGGCUUUAUAAUGUUUAGUGUAGGUUUUGUCAGAUCGUUUAGAUUUAACCCAAAUACUAGAUUUUGAUCCGCGCUUUUAAAGCGCGGACUUAAUUUUGUUUAUAAUAAUUAAAAUAAAUAUACAUUUAGUUUU